CCAGACGCCGCGCUGACCCGUGGACGUGCGCCUGCCUGCCGGGUGCCUUCGCUGGGUCUCGGCCCCGCGAUGCGCGUGUGCCCGAGCCCUUGCCUGCCUCAGACAUUUGUGGAGCCUCAGACACCAUGGAGCACAUCAGAAUGUAUCACUGAAGAUCAUGAUGGCUGAAAAAAAUUCAAAAAUGCUAAAGAUUCAGCAAUGUGUAGUAGCUAACAAACUACCUAGAAACAGGCCAUAUACUUGCAAUAUAUGCUUCAAGCACUUUGAAACACCUUCAAAAUUAGCUAGGCAUUAUCUCAUUCAUACUGGUCAAAAGCCAUUUGAAUGUGAUGUAUGUCAUAAAAACUUUAGACAGUUGGUUCAUUUAGAGAGGCAUCAACUAACUCACACUCUACCUUUUAAAUGUACUAUUUGUCAUCGCCACUUUAAGAAUCUGAAGACAUUUGUAAAGCACCAACAACUUCACAGUGAAACCUAUCAGACUGAUGUUAAGCAGGUCAGAAGAUUGCUGGAAACCAAGCAAGAAAAGCCUGCACGUGGAGCAUAUAAUACUUUUCCCACAGAGGAGAGACGGGCACUACACCCACGCUCUAAGUCUGAUACCACACACAGCACUACGAAGAGAAGAAAGAAUAUCCAUGCAUGUACAGUCUGUGGGAAGAUGUUUCCAUCACAAUCAAAACUCGAGAGGCAUGCACUUAUUCAUACUGGUCAGAGGCCUUUUAAAUGUAUCCUGUGCAGUAAAUCUUUCCGACAGUCAACUCAUUUAAAAAUCCACCAACUCACACAUUCUGAAGAAAGGCCUUUUCAAUGUUGUUUUUGUCAGAAAGGAUUUAAGAUUCAAAGCAAACUUCUGAAGCAUAAGCAAAUCCAUACUAGGAGUAAGAUUUUUCAGAACCUGUUAUUAAAGGUGAAAAGUCCAGAAUUGUGCCCCCUUCCUAAUAAAUUAAAUUCAAAGCAGGAUAGUUUAGAAGAUGGUGAUAAGGGUGAAUCUGAGAAUGAUCCACUUGAUGUCCACUCUGUUUAUAUUGUCCCUUUUCAGUGUUCAGAGUGUGAAGAAUGCUUUGAAUCAGAGCAGAUUUUCAAUGGACACAAGUGUUUUCCUGUUAGAGGUGGCAGAAUUCCAAGCAGACUCAAAAGAGGCUGCAACUAUAAAACUAUUGUUAAAAAAAUCUUGGCUAAACUCAAACGUGCUGGGGGUAAAAAAUUAGAUAACUUUCGAUCACAGAAAAAGACAUUUAAAAACAGUUUCUUGAAGAAUCGUGAACAUCUUAGUGAUGACCAGAAGACUGAACACAAUCAGAGAACAUGUCUGGGUUCUCUUGGCAAACAUGGAACCUAUAAGACAGUUGGUGUUAAAAAGAAGAAAGCACUGACUUUGCCCAUUUCUUGGCAAAAGCAAUUCCAAAGUCAAAAUUUACAAGGCCAAAAUGUGCAGAAUUUACAGGGGAUCCUGUCAACAGAAAACAUGUUAACUGUGGAUAGUUCAGUAAAUAAAGACUUGCCAAUCUAUGGUUCAUCAGGUGAGGAAUUCUUUAAUAACUGUGAAGUUCUUCAGUGUGGUUUUUCAGUUGCAAGAAAAAACAUACUUGCCAGACAUAAAAUAUGUCCCUGUGAUAAAUGUGAGAAAGUGUUCCCUUCUGUAUCCAAACUACAAAGACAUUAUUUAAUUCAUACAGGACAGAGGCCUUUUGGCUGUAAUGUUUGCGGAAAAUCUUUUAGACAGUCAGCUCACUUAAAAAGACAUAAAUCAACGCACUCUGGAAAGAUUCCUUAUAGAUCUUGCUGGCAAGUAGAAUUUGGAAAUGUGGACCAACUUUACAUUAAUCCAAGUGAUGAUGUAAACUAUAGUGCUUCUCAACAGUGUCAGGCUCUUGGUUUCCAAGAAUACGAGUGUUCAGAGUCUGAUCGAGUACCAGGCAUGGAUGUUAAAGCCGAAUCCAAGGAUUUCAUUCUUAGCACACACAGUAACAGGCCAGCUUACCUAUCGAGUGCACUUAUGGAACCAGAGCAGAACCAUCACUACUGCAGCUAUUCAGGGCAUCACGAGAGAAAUGAUGGGCUUCUUUACCAGUGUAGUGUGUGUUGCAAAAGCUUCCGAUCUCCAUCCAAACUAGAAAGACAUUAUCUAAUUCAUGCUGGGCAAAAACCAUUUGAAUGUUCAGUCUGUGGCAAAACAUUCAGACAGGCUCCUCACUGGAAGAGACAUCAGCUUACUCACUUUAAAGAACGACCACAAGAAAAAGUGGUCAUCUUAGAUUCAGUUCUGUAACUGUCAGAGCUACUACCAUGUUCAUGAUCUCUGGUGAUCUUACACCAUUUGUAAUACAUUUUCAUGAAAAGACUUGCACUGUACUAGACAGGGAUUUCAUAGGCAAUUUCUUGUUUUGAAUAGUAAGAAGUAAGAUACAAACAAUUUUAUAGCAUUUUAAUAGCCUAAAUUUGAGAAGGAGAAAUGUGGUUAGAUACCAUAAAGGAAACAUUUUAUAUUCUACACAUAUACUGGGUGUCUGAUAAGUUAUAAAUCCAUCAUGUUUUAACAGUCUGGUCUCAUUCAUUGUGCUGCUCACUGAGACAUGUAAUCUCCUUUUACACAUACCCCAAAAUAAGGCAAAAAUUGUCAUUCAGCACAAGUAAAUAACUCCAAAAGCAUAAUUUUAUCCAUCUAUAAUUCAGUUUAUUGCAAAACAUUGUUUCUGUAAAAAUAUAGAGAAUACUUACAAAAGUAGGAAAAUUAUACAUUUUCAUUUUCUUAAUUUCAAAGCUAUUCUUGGGACUUGUGUGGUAAUUUUAACUCCUUUACCUUAGGUGAAGUUUGGUUCUUUGUUUCCAGACUACUGUUGUCUUCCUCUAAGGAAUGUAAAAGUAGGAAGGAGGCUAGGUUUCACCUGUGUAUAUUUAUAAUGAAUUUUCAUGUAUACUUGAUAGGAAUAUUUUCCAAGUGCCAUAAUCUUUUUGAUGAUAUGCUUGCAGUUUUAUCUUUUUAGAGUGAUAAAGACAGUCACUUGUUGGUUUGUUACUGGUUGACAGCAUGAACAAGACUUACCUAAGGAACUGCAUUUUUCAUGUGACUUAAGAAAAAAUUUUAUGUUCAUGCCUUUAUCAUUGAGUGUUCCUAUGACUUAACCAAGUCAAUUUUACUAAAUAUGAUCAAAUGACAAUAAUUAUCUAGUUUUAGUUUUUAGUCCUCUAUGGUUUUACAAGGUACUAAUGCUAGACUAUUAUUUUGAUCUUUAUUAUGUUGUCAUUUCCAUUAGUAUGGCUAUCAUCCCUGUACAGAAAGAAGAUGCUUAUAGAGUUAAAGGUAUUUUAUUUUUUAUACAGAAUUGUGAUUUCGAUAAUAUUUAAUCUUAAACCAAAAGUGAUGUGUCUCAAUCAUAAAUUUUCUUCAUAUUUAUAAUAGUUUAUAAAGUCAUUGAGAAUAACAUUUUCUAGCAAUAAAAAUGCUAACCAUAGUGUUUCUAAGAUGAAAAGAAGAACUGAUGAGUAUUAAUCUUAGCAGACUUAAAUAUGGUAAAAAGCCCUCUGUUGAUAAUAAAUGGUUAAUUACAAAUUUUGCAUCAUGUUCUAAGAACUCUAUUUUAUGAAAGAAUGAGGGCUGGAGGGAAAGGGUUUGGUCUGCUUCCUCCUUUCACCACCAGUGAAUAUUAAGUAAUUUGGGUUUGAUUUACAAAUACCAACUAUGAUGAUAUAAAUAAAAUAUUCAAAAGAUGUACACUUGUGCCUGUUUUUUAAGGAGUGACAUUUAGGUAAAGUAGAGGAGAACCACAUGGUUUUAAAAAUACUACUACUGUCAUGUUUUUUGAGAUUUGAGAAAUGCUUUUUCAUUAUAAGUAAGAUGUGGUUUACAGAAUUUGCUUUGCAUAGAACUCUCAAAGAUACACCAGUUAAGAGAAAAGUAAAAAUGGCUAGUUAUUUUCCAAGAAUAAAAGUUUAAGAGUUCUCUGUCUAAAACUAAUUAGGCAGUUCCCUAAGCCAUUGAUACAAUUUCAUUCAAAGGAAAUGUCUUAUCUACUCCUUUCCCAACCCACACAGGGAGAGUUCUCAAUGCUUUGCUAGUAUGGCUGUUAGGCCUGAGUUGCUAUGUGAUAUGAUAUGACCUGUUUUUCCUUUUCUUACUUUUUUUUUGGUCCAUGCCUUUUUAUGCUGUUUCAUAUUGAAAGUUGGAAUAUUGUAAGAAUUUUUUCAGAGAUGUACUGUAGUGCUAUUUGAAGUACUUGUAACAGAAUAUUUACAUUUAAUAUCAUUGUAAGCUCCUUGUAAACACUUUAUAGAAGUAAACAAAGUAUAAAUCCAUGUUAAGAUGUUAAAGGAGGGUUUGCUGCAUGCUAAAAACUGUAGGUACUGUUGGAACAAUUAUUUUCAUUUUUUUUUUUGAAAAAGAAAUAAACUUUAAAAAUACA